GUGUUGUUCUUAGCUAUAAUAAGGUUUUAUCCUCACAGAAUGUGGAUUUGGAUAUCGGAUACAAUACUAAUAUACAUAAUUUUAUACAAUAUUACCUGAUAACUGGAUUAUUUAUAAAGAAAAAGUAGAAUCUUCUACCUUGCAUUCAAAAGAUGGGUGAUGUUAAAAAUCACACAUCUGCCAAGAACGAACAAACUAAAAAAUCAGGUAUGAGAAUUCCGAGUACCGGUGAUAAUAAUUUCGGCAAUGAUGACACGAAAAUUUCAAGUGGAUCGUCUGGUUCGACUGUGGCCCUCUCAACAAGCGGAAAAAAUGGCCCUGUGGAUUCCAAUACGGAUAAUGAAAGAAGAACUCGUCGUAGUCGGCAUUCUACUACGAUCAAGUCCGUUAAUCUUAAGUUGAAUACUGAUUUGGCAACAAAAAAGGAUUCGGCAAAACCGGAAUCACCAAAUGCUCCAACUGCUUAUCUAAACAGUGUCAUGAAUACGCUCGUCUCUGAAAAUGCUUCUUCUCCCGCACCUGACAAAUUAACUUCAGGAAAUGGACAAACAAGUAAUGGUGGUAGUUUAAAUAUCUUUAAAAGUUCUCAAAAAAGAAAAAAUAGGAAUCAAGAAAUCGGAAGUCAUCAUAAACCAGCGGAGGUUUUUCGAAAAGAUCUUAUAAGUGCUAUGAAGAUUCCUGAUACAUCUCAACUCCUUUCUGAAGAAUAUUGGGUGAUGAAAGAUUCUUGGAGAAUGGAAUGGGAGAAGGGGGUUCAGGUUCCCGUUAAUGCAGAAGGUCUGCCUGGCAUAAAAGUUGACACAGUACCGAAGGAUAUAAGAGGAGAUUUUCGAAUGCCAAGAAAGUUCAUAAAAACGACGCCUGACGUUGGUGAUAGGGAUACAGUUAAUCUAAACGUUCUUGCUGAUUCUACAUGCCGAUAUGAUUUGGACGAAGUUGACGUCUCAUGGUUACAAGUUAUUAAUGAAGAAAGAGAAUGUUUGGGUUCUACUGCUCUUGAUGAAUUUACAAUGGAAAUUAUAAUGGAGGAAUUAGAAACACAGUGUCACGAAAACAUGCAACUUGCUAUCAAAACUAAGGAAGGUCUCGGCAUAGAAUACGAUGAGAAUAUUGUUUGUGACGUUUGCAGAUCUCCUGAUUGCGAAGAAGGAAACGAAAUGGUAUUUUGUGAUGGAUGUAACUUAUGUGUUCAUCAGGCAUGUUAUGGAAUUCUCAAGGUACCAGAUGGUAGUUGGUUAUGCAAACCUUGCGCUCUCGGCAUUCGUGGUUCUGCUGUUUGUAUAUUGUGGAAAAAAGGCGGAGCAAUGAAAAGCACCAAAUCUGGUCGCAAGUGGGCGCAUAUGAGUUGUGCAUUGUGGAUUCCUGAAAUUAAUAUCGCAGAUCCGGACAGAAUGGAACCUAUCACAAAGGUCUCUCAUAUUCCGUCAUCUCGUUGGGCCUUGGUUUGCACAGUUUGCAAAGAACGGAACAUAGGUGCUUGUAUACAAUGUAGCGUUAGACAUUGCGUUACUGCGUAUCAUGUGACUUGUGCUAUGGAAAAUGGAUUUGACAUGAUAACAGAUUGCCUAUCACCCAACUCACCAUUGAGUACAGGAGAGAGUUCUAUCGUUUUCAGGUCAUUUUGUCAGAAACACAGUAGAAAUUCCAAAAAGAAAUUAGAAAAUUCACCUGGGAAGAAAACGGAAGAAGAAAAACGAAGUGAUAGACAAAAAAGAAUUGCGGAAUUAGAGGAAGAUUUUUACACAUUGGUUAAAAGCGACGGGGUUGCCAGUGCCUUGAAUAUUUCACCUGAUACAGCAACUGAAGUUUUAGAAUAUUGGAAAUUGAAAAGAAAAGCAAAUUUCAAUCGACCUCUUUUGACCCCAAAACAAGAAGAAGGAAAAGCAUUGGCAGAAGCUGCUGAAACUGGAUUGCAAAGACGAUUGAGAAUGUUCACUCAUCUGAGGCAAGAUCUUGAACGUGUCAGAAAUCUCUGUUACAUGAUUGGAAAACGUGAAAAAAUGAAACGAUCUUCUGUUAAGCUUAUGUCUAAUGUCUUUCUAGCCCAGAUUCACUACGUGGAAUACAGAAUGUCUCAGAGUUCUUAUUUUGACCCCAAAAUACUUUUAUCUUCAUUACCCACAUGUGGAAAUAAACAAAUACUCGAUCAAGCGAAAAAAGAAACCAUGGAAUUAUUGAUGACACCAGAAUGGUCUCAAAGGGAUGAAAGCCGAUCCAAUUCACCUUCAAAUAUUGAGUAUGUUAACACUUCAAAGAAAAAAGAUGAAAAAGUAGUUGCCAGUAAAAAUGAUGAUGCCGAAAGUGAUGUUUCAGACAGACCUCGACCACUUCCAAAGUCUUCAGCUACCGUUACUCAAAUUACCUCACUUAAAGAUAAACCAUCAAACUCAAAAAUGGAGAACAAAAGUUCAAAUUCACAAAAACAAGGAGAUACGAGGAAAAAUGGAUUAGUAGCAGAUAUCAAAGUAGAAUACAGAAAGGGUUCAAAUGAGGGUGUCCCAUUCAGAGAUGACGCACUGAAACAAAAAAUUCUUGAUGAUAACGAUUUUAAAAAACAUUCGAAGAAAAUGACUUUGGAAACGAAAUCUGAAGUAUCAAAAACGUUUGACCCUAAAUCGAACAAAAAUCUACGUCGAAGUUCGCAAGAAUCAGAGUCACGGAGAAGGUCCCAUUCAAAUUUACGCGGCAGAGAGAAAUCAGACUCAAAAAAUGAUUUUACCAAGAAAGUGCAAGAAAAAUCGAACUCUGAUAAUAAAGUACGACAUAAAUAUUCAAGCGAAAAGCGAUUCGAAUCGAAAAAACAUCGAACAACGUCAUCAUCAGAUGGUCGUAUUGACACUGUGAAAUAUAAUGAAAAAUCAGGAAAAAUUAACGAGGAGAUUCGUACAAGUAGAGCGAGAUUAAAGCACGCACAACUUGAAUCGCCUGAUAUUUCUGCUCCUAAUUCUCCAAAUGUGCAGUCAAGUACAAUCUCGAAAGAUGUUUCUGAGAAUCGAAGAUCUGCAGAUGAAACCAAAGACUUGAUUGACAAUCCAUCUUUAAUAAAUAAGAAACGUAAAAUGUCAUCAACGACAGCCGACAAUGAGAGAAGUACAACUGAACGAGGCGAUAAAAAUUCUCGGAAAAUGCUGCGAAGGUCAUCUAGAAAUUUGGACUUCUCUAAUUCGGAAGAUUCGGAUAUUGAUAGCUUGAGAUCUUUGAAACGGGGAAUGACGAUUAUGACAGAAACGAUUUCAGAAACUAAGAGAAUUAGUGUGGAAGAAGACUCCUGGGAUGACAAAAGCCAACGGAAGCGUACAUGGUCCGGUAGUGGCGACCAACCUCCGUCACCGUCUAAAUCAAAGAAAAGACGCAAAGAGAGCACACAAAGUGUCAAAGAUUUGAAGCAAAGUUCCACAAAGAGACCCACUUCGCCUAUGCAACAGAACAGCUCUGAGGAUUUUACAGAUGGUGAAUCAGCACAGUCAAGGGCAUCGUCUCAAAACAAAGGCCGUACGAGAAAACCAACAUCUGGAUCCUUCUCACCUUUUAUUAAGGAACGUAGGAGAUCAAGUGCUAAUGAAAAUUUAUCUCCUGUUGUGAAAAAGCCUCUUUCUAAACAUCAACAGGCAAAAAACGGACAACGAGCUCUUGCACCAUCACCACACGAUCGAAUAAUCGCCGACGGCGAAUCACCGCACCUUGGCGAUAUUCCCCAAGUUCGACGGACGUCUGGGCAAGAGCUCGAUGAUAGUUUUCUCAGUUUUUCACCCAAAACAAAAAAUUCUCCGAGAAGUGAAUCGCUAUCGAAUUCAGACUCUAACGAUGCAUUCGUCAGUUCUAAAACAAACAAAAAACUGCCAACUUUCGAUAUCGGAGAUUCAAAUUCAUCUUGGAAAACACCAGGUCUCGAUAUAAGUUACGGUAGCAACUGCCCUGCUCCUUUAAGAGCACAGCGCAGCGAAAAACAAACUGCUUCAUCAGGUUUACGUUGGGUUCCUUUAAUAUCCGAAGACACUCUAUCAUAUCCACCGAGUUCGAUAACUCCAAAAGACCAAGAUGGUUACCGUGGCGAUAUGGAUGAAUCAGACUCCGAUUUUCAAAAUGUGUCGUCUCGUCACCAUCAUAAACAUCAUCGGAAAUUAUCUAAAUCACGGAAAAAGAAUGCACUGAAUCCAGGAAAACAUAGAACUGGUAUCGGAAUUUUACAAGCUAAACCUUCCGAUUCGAGCGAAGAAGAUUUCGAUUUGUCAUUCUCGAUGCAUCCAUCGUCAAGUGAAAAGUCUCGACAAAAGUUACGUUCGAUUAGCAACACGAGUCCUGCUUCUUCGAAUUCUCCGUUACAUACUCAUAUAAACGUUACUGAGCCAAAAGAACAUGAAACUGACACUGAUUUUAAAGAGCCCAUAAAUAAGCCAAGUGGGCCAAAAAACGUGAGAGCCGUCGGUGGUAUCCUAGGCGGGCUAAAGUGCGAGCCUGAUGUAUCUAUUCCGCCUUUUUAUUCUAAUACCACCGACGGCAAUAAAUCCCAUGACAAUUUUUUCGAAAAAUUUUCUUUUUUAAAUGAAUCGAGAGAUGAGUCGCCACCGUAUUCACACAAAGUACAUGAUAAUAUACCACUCCUUCAAAAUCGAUUUCCCCCGCCUGAAAUGAUGUCCUUCAGAGCAGAACCCUUUCAAAGUCAUUCAAUAUUUCCAUAUGGGUCUAUUGGUUCGUGGCAGAUGCCACAUCAUACGUCAGCACUGCCUUCUAUAUUACCUAAUCGAUUUGCAAUGCCUGUUUACUAUCAAUACCCACCGCCGCCACCGUACCGUAAAGAUAGACCCAGUGGCGCUUUCAUUUCUAAUGAAGAAAGGCACCACCCUUCUCCUCCACCGAUGCCAGACUCGACUUUAUCGCCAGAAUCUUUCUUGCCGUCGUCUGCGUCUGUAGCUGUCCAAGCACAGGCAGAAUCAUUAAAAGUGCCAGAUAUGCUCGAUGAAACAAAUUUGACACAGAAAUCGUCAAAGAAAAUUUCGCACUUGACGGAUGUGCCCGAUGAAGGUGAUAAUGAGUGGGAAGUAGUAGCUGGGAGCGGAAACGAAGUACAAUUAGAAACUAACAGCGAUGACGAGAGACGACGUCGUAGACGCAAGAAAAAGAAAAAGAAGAAAAAACGGCGAAGGUUGCGUUUCCAGAUGGUUACGACUCUGAAAAGAAAGGCAUUUCAUCGCCCUCUAGUGUAUUACCAGAACCGAUUCAUGGUGCUAUUGUUCCACGAGGACAAUCUACAAAUUAUAAAGCCAAUUCUCCGAUGACUUCAGAAAACAGUUCUCGAAAUGAACUUUUUAAAAAAUCACCAAUGCGUUUGGCAGAAUCUCAAAGUUAUCUCAAUCGAGCAGAACAAAAUGUCGCUUCGAAUAACGAAAGAGACGUUGGUCGUAAAAAUUCAGAAAUUCGCCCUGGGAAACUGGUACUCAAAAUAAAUAAAAAUAAAUUAAUAGUUCCGAAAGCUAAUUAUGAUUCAGAUGAUUCUUCUAUGAGUUCUCAAUCUAGUUCUCCUGAAAGUAACUUUAUGAUAAAAUCGAGCCCAAACCAAUCGGAGGAUACUGUGACUUCUGGUUCAGGUCUAAAACUUAAAAUCAAAAAAUCUCUCUUGCAAUUUAAUCCGGAUAAACAUUUUUCGAAGAACUACAAAAAGCACAAACAUCGCUCGCAUGAUAGGCUCAAAAUGCCAUCUAGUAGACAAUCUUCAAAUCUUGUACUGGAACGACCUAACUUGGUGAAAAAGCAUGCGGCUUUGCGACGAUUGGGUCUUAAUAUUGAUAAUAUGCCCAAGUCAGAAUCACCUGAAGAAGGAAUAGGAAGAAAAGCACUGCGUGAAAGGAAGCCUAUAAAAACGGAUGACGGACCAGAAAAAUUAGAUCUUUCAUCUAGAGAAAAGGAUGCAAUUGCACCAAAACAUGAUGACAAUAAUGAAACAUAUUCUCCACCUAAGUUACGAAAAAGAGAAACAGGUGAAAUGCCGCAAUCCAAAUCAAGUAAAGAAAAGACAAUUUCUGAUGUGCCAAAAUUGAAACGUGGUAGAGGCAGGCCGCCAAAAGUACGCCCCCUAAAUGAAGAUAUACCCCAUAUUGUCAAAAUAAAGAAGAACCUGGCGGUUUCAGACAAACACACAUAAAGCAAAAAUCUCCUAAAGAUUUGCUAAGUUCGCUGGUGGAGUACAAAAUCCUCAAGACAUAUGAAACCUGCACCGCGCGCUAUAAUGUUCUAAGUUUUAUAAACCGAGCGCCGUUGCUUCGUCACAUCAUCGUACGUCUCUCGAUUCCUUGCAAUAUAAAUUACCAGCUGACGUCACCCAGCAUCGAUCUAUGUCAACUGAUUCAGAUCAAACUUCGCACUUCCCUCAAUUAUAAUCCAGCAAGACACUGGAAGAAGAGGAAAGUACAUGAACAUGAAAUACAACUUUCGAGCAUACGACAACCGACAGGAUUUCAACUCGGAACAUAUAACAUCACCUACUAAAGGAUUGUCAGAUUUUAGUCCUGAACAGGAACCGUUUAUUGUCAGGAAAAACGCAGAACAGGACAGGAAACAAGAUUCAACGCCAAAAAACCCAGAUUCAACGAAAAUGAAAAAUUUAUUGCAUUCGAAAGAAACCUUUGAAACUAAACUCCACAAAACUCAUAAAAAUGGAAAUUCGCAACUACCACUAUCGGAAAUAUACAAUCGAAUCACCAGAACAAAAACUUAGUAGCAAACAAUUCAAAACGACUAUAAAAUCUGAUGCACAACAAAAUCCACUUCAUCUUUUACUAAUUUGAAAGAAACAUUCCCAACGACGCAUAAUUUUCUCACUCCGCCAACAUCGCAGAGAAGUGAAUCGUCACCGUCACCCAUUCGAGAUGGUAACUUGCCCUCAACGUCAACUGCAAUUUUAACCCCUAAUAUCAAUCCUCCCUAAUCAAAGAUAAAGGAAUCAAUCAUCUCUUUCAAACACUCAAACUGGUGCAAAUGUGACAGCGUCUCGAAUCAUUCAAAUUUCAAACUAGGAUUUUCAAUGCAAAGCAGAGAUUUAUCGAAUUUCAAAAUUCCAAAGAAAUAUAAUCCACCACAUACAGAAUCUGUUCAACAGAUCGAUGACAAUGAUUGAAUCGAAAAAUAAUCGGAGAAAUUCAAAAGAAAGUGUGACUCUGAGCCCAGCUUUUGGCUAAUUACGCUUAUCGAGAAAGCGAGAGAAGAUCGAGGGAGAUGAAACAUUAAAAGAAUAUGCACAGGAGUUAAUUAUCACAAUCAAGCAUGAUCUAUACAUAUAAGAUUCUCACUGAAAUAAUUUUAGAACAACGCACAUUUAUAUUUCUAACCAGUUCUUUUGCGUAAAACAAUCUACACUGCAUGUAUGCUAAAAGCAGUGUUGUCAAUAAUUUGAUUUGUUGUACCUCAUAGCCCUGCACCUACCCCCUUUCUGCAUUUCUUGCAGUUCAAAGAAUUUUGUAUCUCUGUCUUGUUCAUGUUUUUAUUCCACCAUGUUCCAAAAUUAUAAGUAAUAAUAUUAUUGCACUAAAUUUACUGCAAGACUAAAUUUUAUCCAGUUUUAAAUUUUCUUGAUGAGUUGUGAACGCUAAAAUGGCAUCCAUAUUAAGCAACUUACGUUCAAGGAACUAACUAAUUUUUGCUGGAAUUACAUCUUUAUUAAAAGUGUCAUUAUGUUUGGCCGAGGUAGAUAUUUGAUAAUAUUUGUGCAGAAAUUCUGAAAAUGAAAAAGUUUUGAGAAGAAAUUUCAAAAAUAUAUUUUCAAUGUUGAUUUUUGAUAAAAAGGACCUAAAAAUGUAACAUAUUUGUUUUAGCAUAAUUUUUUGAUGGUGUCUGACUUCAAUGCUCAAUUAUGCCCUUUGUCUUAAGUAGAGUAAUUCACAUCCGAAUAGUUUGGAAUCAAUAAUUACAACUGCUGCCUAAAUUUUGAUUCAAUCCCGACAGAAAAUUUAACAUAAUUCAUAAGGACCUCAAUAAAAAAGAGAAUUUUUUUUAAAAUAGUCGUAAUUAUUGUCUGGACUUCUUUUUAAAUCUGUUUUCAAAUAAAAAAAAGUAUUUCUCAUACUAAUUUACACCUAAAACUUCAAAUUUAGCUUGGGACAUAGAUGAAUACCAUGCUUAAAAACAUGGAUUGGACAUAAAAUAUCAGUUAUUUUUUGAAAUUACUUUCUGAACAUCUCUAUUCAGGAAAACGAAAAUGUGAAAUUUUCCAUUUCUUGCGGACAACAAUCCUUAUUUUUGUAUCGUUGAAGCUCAUCUAUUGAAUGGUGCUUUAUUAGUUAUUAUUAUUUUAAGAUUUCAAUUAUGUUUUUUACUCCAAUUUUAAUUGUCCUGUUAUCCGUGGCUUAAAAGCACUACGAAUGUGGCAUCAUAAUUUAUAUGUUCUACGGUUUUAAAGAUACAAUUUUUAUUUAUAAGCAGAACUUCACUCAGUCUUAUCGUGAAAAUAUAUAUUUUUUGUAUCUUUCGACACGACCUGCCCUUUUAUUUGUUUUUUGUGUGUGUGUAUACUAAAUUUUGAGCAGAAUAUUUUUCACGUUUUACUUUUCCAUUUCUUCAGAAGAAUUUCUUUUUUCAGUGUAACAACAUGAUUCAAUCUCGGAAGUUUGAGAUUAAAUAUU